AUGAAUAUCACUAAAGAAGAGGAAUUUGGGGGAGAAAGAGAGAUACAGAAGGAACUGGAUGCUAAGUUUCAUUUUAAGAGAGGGUUCUAUACACUCAGUUUUCCUGACAGCAACCCUUUAGGAUAAAGGGCCCUGACAUUGGAGUCGACAGUGGUAGACUGGGGUUUCUUGGCACCUGACAGCAAAGUCUGGAGCUGUUGCCCAAAGCAUUGGAAGCCAUUUAGUUCCCACUGCUACUUCAUUGUGACUGGCUCAGCAUCUUGGAGUGGGAGUGAGGAGAAGUGUUCCAGCAUGGGUGCUCAUCUGAUGGUGAUCCACAGCCAGGAAGAGCAGGAUUUCAUAACCAAGACCCUGGAUCCUAAAGAUGCUUAUUAUAUUGGCCUUUCGGAUCCGGGUCACCGACAGUGGCGAUGGGUUGAUCAGACACCAUACAAUGAAAGUGCCACGUUCUGGCACCCGGGUGAGCCCAAUGAUAACAAUGAACAAUGUGUUGUAGUAAAUCAUCCGUAUUCUAGUUGGGGCUGGAAUGACCUCCCUUGCAGUGGUAAACAGAAGUCAGUUUGUCAGAUGAAGAAAAUAUACUUAUGAAUCAAGCAUUCUCCAU